AGCAGCUCUAGCUCAAUGACAUCUGUUUACAGACGUAUACAGUAAUUUUUGUCAGCUUUGUGCAUUUAUUUAUUUCAUACAAAACUAAUAAUGUAAAGAAACUCAGUAUUUUAUUUAGAAAAUACAUAUAGUCAUUUGUCCUGCGAAUCUCGCUAUUUAUAAAUUACGACGCACUCAAAGGGAGUGCAACCGAACGAAAAACAAACCAUUCAGGGACAAAGACAAGUGGCCAAAAUGAUCACUACAAAUUUUGUGCGUUCUACCUGCAGCAUUUCGCUGGUGUUUUUGGCAUUUUGCAUAGCCGACUCUGCCACCGAUGAGAAUCUCUCAAUACAACGCUAUUUGUCCUCAGAUGACACAAGUUUAAGCACAAAUAAGCGCAUUCAACAGAUUAUGCAGGGCGGCUCAGCUGAUAUAAGUUGGCCACAACCACCUAAAUUAAAAGCUGAGAAAAUCGAUGUGAAAGAAGAAAUCGAGAAAUUAAAUACAACUUAUGUGUAUCAAAGUGCUUGGCCAGCUGAUGAGCUAAAAUUGGGUGCAGUGAGUGCGGUGAGUUUCGACAAGGAAGGAAAUGUGGUUAUAUUUCAUCGUGUAGAUCGUCUUUGGGAUGGCAAUACGUUCAACAACCGCAAUGUCUUUCAACAACGGAAAAAAGGACCCAUACGCGCUAAUACCGUAUUGGCAUUAGAACGUAAAAGUGGUCACGUCGUGUAUGGCUGGGGAAAGGACUUAUUCUAUAUGCCACAUGGUUUGACCAUCGAUCAUGAGAAUAAUGCUUGGGUAACCGAUGUGGCGCUGCAUCAAGUUUUCAAAUUUGGUCCACGUGGCUCUAAUGAUAAACCGCUGCUGACUUUGGGUACUGCUUUUAUACCCGGCGUAGGUGAUUCGAAAUUUUGCAAGCCCACUUCAGUUGCCGUACUCGAGAAUGGCGAUUUCUUCGUGGCAGAUGGUUACUGCAAUGCACGUAUUUUGAAAUAUGAUAAAGCUGGCAAUAAAAUCCUUUCAUGGGGACAAAACUCAUUCUCUGGCAUGUCCUUUGAGGUGGCGCCAAAGAACUACUUCGCCAUUCCGCACGCGCUCACGCUUGUGCCCGAACAGCAAUUAAUUUGCGCAGCUGAUCGCGAAAAUGGUCGUGUACAGUGUUUCUACUGGACCAACGGUACAUUCCAUUCACAAUAUCAUAGUCAAAUUAUAGGCGAUCGCUUAUUUAGCAUGGAUUAUACGCCAGUGGAAGGCGGUCAACUUGUCGUUGUUAAUGGACCGAUCGGUGAAUUGGGCAUCAGGUCGCUACCUUACAACGAAGUACGCGGCUAUGUGAUCAAUAUGCGCACCAAACAGGUGAUCUCAAAGUUUGGUCCUAAUGAUAUGCAAUUUUCAAACCCACAUGAUGUGGCCGUCACCAAGGAUGGCAAUGAAAUUUAUGUCGCCGAAUUGAAUCCGAUGCGUGUACACAAAUUUCUACAUAAAACCGUGGCUAAAUCGAUGCCUCUGUCAGCUGCAAAAACAACUACGCUUAGCAAGAGCAACACAUUGGGUCGCACCGGUCCCGAAUAUCAUGUGGACGAAGUUUUGGUCAAAUCUAACGUCACUAACACGAACAAGCCAGCACUAAGUGCAAACGCACAAGAAAUGGAAGAGAUCUCAACGCAGCCAACAACAAAAGCACACCAUCCCGGUGGCACCGCCAUACUGGUGGCUUCACUAAUGUUGCUUUUUGCUUCGCUAACAUUUAUGCUGGCAUUCAUUAUAGCUCGUCGACGCAAACGAGGUUGUUUGCCAUUUGGCGUGAAGAAUCGUCGUCAUGCCUGGGAUUUUCCCUCAAAGCCGGAAGGUUUCAAACUGGGCGGCCUCCUGUUGGAUCGUGGCAAGCGUGGUGGCUUUGAGAAGCUCGAUCAAAAUGCCAGCGACGAAGAGAACGAAGCGUCUACAAAUAUGUUGACUAGUGCGCCAUUUGCUUAAGUACUUACAUUAUACAUGAGUGUAUACAUGGCUGUAUGUAUGUAUGUAAGUGUGUAUAAUGCGCAUUAAUGCCUACAAGCUUUAUUGAAGAAAUGAAGACUAUCUGAUUUCUUAUGACGUCACUAUAUGGAAUCUUAUGACUCGGAGAGUAUAAAUUUUGUUUUGUUCGAUUAGACUGCGUUCACACGAGGGCUGCUUUUGUCGCCCAUCUUUAACAGUGAAUUCACUUUUGAUCAUUUUGCGUUCACGCGAGCGACACGAGUCCGACAUAUUGAGUCGGAUGGUUUUUCUCAAGUUCUUGUACGCUUCAUGCACGCAAUGCACGAAAAUAUUUUUUAUUAUCUAAUUUGAAUCCUUCAAAUAUUCAUACAUAUUUACAUAUUACAUACA